AUUAACCAUACGCAACUCACAUUCGAAAACACAAACCAAACCGAACCAGAGAAAGAGAGAGAAUAUAUAGAGAGAGGAGAUAGAGAGAGAGAGAGAGAGAGAGAGAGAGAGAUUCGACUAUGCGGGAAACGAAGGCAGAGGACGACGACGAAGAGGGUUUUGGAGACUUUAAGUUCGCCUCAUUCCCCAAUCGGACCGUCCACUCUGAUCACAUCAACGGCCGAAACUCCACCGCCACCGACGACGACGAAUGGGGUGAUUUCGUCGAGUACCCACUUCGAUCCGUUCCUUCAAGUGAUCUCUCCCACAAUAAAUCACCUCCCAUUUCGAAUCCCUCCCAACCCACAAAACAUUUCGACCCGUCAGGGUUCAUCUCAGAUCACUCGACGAAACCCUCCGAUUCUGUGGCGACUCGUAUUGAAUCGGUCCCUAGUCGGGCUGACUCGGGGAAGGCUCACUGGGUGAAGCCAAAGGGGGCUUUGCCACUGUCAUUAUUUGGCGAUGCAGAGGACGAGGAUGAGCAAUUUGGUGUGGCCGAUCCACCGGUUGAUGAUGCUAAGCCCGCUGUUGCUGAUAAACAUGUUGGUAUUGUUAAACAAGGAUCGAGUGUAAAUUUUGGUGGUGGGAUUGAUGAUAUCAUUGCUAAUCUGUACAGUCAGAGUCCGCAGAUAAAAGCUGAGAAUGGAUCGAAUUCAAAUUCGAAUGGGUUGAGUUCGAGUGUAGAUGUUUCGUAUUCUAAUUUGGAUGCGAUUAAUUCGAAUAUGAAUGGUUCAAUAUCGAAUCUAAGUGGGUUCAAUACAAAUUCAGAUUUAGUUGCUGGUAACAAGGAUUUUGAUAUCUUCUCAAAAAACAAGGAUUUUGAUAUCAAUUCAGAUCUGUUCAAUCAGACUAAGCAGGUCAAGGGUGAGAGCUGGUUGAAUUCGAAAUCUAAUGAGUUAGGUUCAGAAAUUAGUCUGCCCACUUCAAAUCUCAGUGGGUUUGAUUCAAAUUUUAAUGGGCUGAACACACAGUCAGAUUUUCUUGGUGGAAACGACUUUAAUGGUGAUGAUGAUGGAUGGGAAUUCAAGGACGCACACUUGGAACCGAAUGUCAGAGAUGGAAGUGCUAAGGCGAUUAAUUCAAACUCGGAUUUACUUGGUGGAAACAAGGAGUCUGGUAGUGAUGAUGAUGAUGGAUGGGAGUUCAUGGACGCAUAUCCGGAAUCGAAUGUCAGAGAUGGGAUUGCUAAGGUGAUUCAUUCAAACUCUGAUUUGCUUGGUGGAAAUGAGGAGUCUAAUGGCGAUGAUGAUGGAUGGGAAUUCAAGGAAGCAUAUACAGAAGUGAAUGCCAAAGAUGGGAAUGCUAAGGAGCAUGUGGUGUCAGAAUCAUGGGGAUUGCAAAUGCCACCAAGAACAUGGCAAGGAGUGCAGGUUGACAAGAAGGGGCUGGUAGAUUUGUUCUCAUCUGGUUUUGGUAAUGGUUCGCUUGAAACAAUUGAUUUCUUUGCAAAACCAAAUGAGUUUCCUAGUAAAUCCGGUGAAAUGGACAUUGUUUUUGAUUCCAAACCACUUACAGUGACUCAACAUACUUUUAGCUUCGAUUCAUACUCUAAAAACGAGUACAAUAGUAAUGAGAAUGGAUUGAAGUCUGAUUUAUUAAUGAAAAUGGAAAAUGGAUUGACAUCUGACCCAGUUGUGGGGAGUGUUGAUUUGGAUGAAAGUUUUGGGGAGUUCGAGUAUGCAUUUUCAGAAACUGGACCAAAGCAGGAGGAGGAGCCAAAGGUCAACGAUCUUUUUCUCUCUGAGGUUGAUGUAGUCACAGUUGAUGGCAAAAUUCAGGGGAAUGAGUCAAAGUUAGAGAAUAAAGGGGCCCUGCCCUUGUCCAUUUUUGGCGAUGAGGAACUGGAAACUGAUGCCUCCUUGGAUUCUCAAGACAUUAUGCAUAGGCCUGAAUCCAACCCAAGAAAUGGCAUUCAUCUGCAAGGUUCAUAUAUAUCUAUCAAUGAUCUCAUUUCAAAUUUAUAUGGUCAAGCUGAGAAGCCUUCUCUUGACUCUACACAAAAACCAUCUGAAGAUGGGCUGGAUGCCACUGGAACAGUAAUUAAUUCUAAGUUGGUGAAUGAUGAUGAUGAUUUCGAUGAUGGUUCGUGGGAAUUCAAAGAUGCUUCCUCUCAAAAUGGAGCAAAUGAUCAGAACUCUCUUCUUAGUCAGGGAGAUGAAUCUUCUAGCAAGCUGAAUACCUAUGUGGAUUUUUAUUGUAAAUUAAAGGAUGAAUUAUGCUCUUCUGCAAGAUGCCAUCUAGACAGUUUAAAGAAAUCACGAAGUACAGCUGCUCUUUCCGGUGAUGAUGCGAAAGUGGUAGCUCUUGAUGAGGAAAUCGAGGAGGUUUGUAAGGAACUUCACCAAGAGAAUCUAAUAUCCAAGGAAGUUUAUUCAGAGGAUCAUCCGGCAAGAGAUAUUUCCCUCAAUGAAUUCCUUCAAGCUCUGCAUGAACCAAAGUUCCAACUACUGGAGUCAGAAUAUCGCCUGUCAAGAAAAUUACAAUUAGCAGAGAAGGAUACGAAAUCAAUGAUUGAACUCUUGAAACAUGUCACUUCAGUGCUAAAUGUGCUGACAUUGGGAUCAAUGGAGGAACAAACUAAUUAUGUAUCCACAUGGUCUAAGAUGAUUGCUGUUUGUGCUCAAGAGUUGAAACACGGUUCCCAGAUUUGGAGGCAGUCAUUAGAAGAGAAUGUUAGAAGUCAAAUACUUUCUGAUCCUCGAGGCAAGCAGUUUAUUCUUGCCCUCGGAGAAGUUUAUAGAGUAGUAGUUGUUAUUGGAGCCUCAGUCAAACUUCACAAGCCAUGGAUAAUAUCGAAUUAUGUAGAUUCAACGAACGUAUGUGCUCUUUUGGAGGAAUGCUAUAUUCUAUGGUCGAGUUCAGGACUUGAAGAAGCUCUACGGAGUAUAUAUGAUCCAAUUGGUUUUGAAUAUGAUGGAACAGUUCAGGCUUUACUGGAGUCCAUUAAGCAAGUAUAUGAUCUUGAUGAGCUUGCACUUGGAAGUUAUGUUUUCAGUCAACAAGAACCUUUGUGUCACCUGUCAGGCUUAACUUCUGGAACAGUACCUGACAUCAAAAUGGUGGAAUGGAAUGGGGAGCAUUACUUUCUGACGCUUGCAAAUUUGUGGGCGAAUCUGAUAAGCUGUGAUCCUCCAAAGUUGCCGCACUUGCAUGUUGGCCGAUGAAAAGAGUUUUAGAAGGCGGCUUUUGCUGAGUUCACUAUUGGCUCCAAUUCUUUGCAUAUGAUAAUUGCACAUAUGAGAUGAGGCCUAUGGGGCAUUAAUUUAUGCUAUUUGGUUUUGAGGAUGGGUCUCGGGGAAGAAGUGAAGAUUGCUGCUGUAUGGCGGCAUAUCAACAUCCAAAUGGCCAUGAUAGUUGCUUGGUUUAAUCAGGCAAUACAUCCCUUUCAAAAUUUUCACAUUAAUUAUCAUUCUUUUUGUACAAGUUGUAGUAGCAUAGUAUUUGGAUGUUUCAAUAUUGUAUCAUUGUGCUAUUUGUUGUGUUAUGAGUUGAGAAAUUACUCUGGGUGGAUGAAAUGAAUACCCUUUGUAUAGCAGACCUAGAAAUAGAAUUGUGAAAGAACUACAAAUAUAUAGUUAUUUUUACCCUUUUUCUUCAAUCCUACCACUUGUCUUGGUAGUUGAUUGUUGCAAGGGGCAAAGAAUGAAAAGGUUGUUUUGUUGAAAAUGAUGUAUAAUGAAAUAUUUUGCUUUGAUAAAAUAUUUUGUUGCCUCUUGCUU